AGGGCGAUUGAGGGGGAGGCAGAGGAGGCGUAGAACAGGGCAUGACGACGUUGGCCAGCAUCAACCAUACCGACGGCGAGGUUCAGGACAUCCUAGAAGCCCAGGCAGUUCUAUGGAACCAUUCUCUUAGCUAUAUCAAAUCCAUGUGCCUAAAAUGCGCCAUUGAACUCCGCAUCCCCGACGCUAUCCACAGCCAAGGCAUGCCGGCAACAAUCUCUGACCUCCUUUCCUUUCUCUCCAUCCCCAAAACAAAAUCCCGCCACCUCCGCAUCAUGAUGCGCCUCCUCUCCUGCGUAGGCAUCUUCAAAUCCCACAUCACUCCUUCCGGGGAGGAAGCCUUCGGCCUUUCUCCUGUCUCCCAACUCCUCACAACCGCCUUUCCCGGCAGCCCUUGCUCCUCCCCCUUCAUUCUCUUUCUGCUCGACCACCACCUUGUAGAUCCAUGUCACCAACUCUCCCGUUGGUUUCGUAUAUCGGAUACUUCCACAACCCCUUUUGAGAUGGCACAUGGGAAGACAUUCUGGGACCUCACGGGGGCACAGCCAGAGCUUAAUGAUUUGUUGAAUAAGGGGAUGGGUUGUGACUCCGUUUUUGUGAUGGAUGUUUUGAAGCAUGUCGGACGUGAGGCGUUUAAUGGAAUUGGGACGUUGGUGGAUGUUGGAGGUGGAACCGGCUUGACGGCGGCUGCAUUGGCGAAAGAGUUUCCGGGAUUGAAAUGCACUGUUUUUGAUCUGCCACAUGUUGUGAACUCAGCAAAGAAGAUGGAAGGAAUUCAGUAUGUUGGUGGUGACAUGUUUCUUGAGCUCCCGCCUGCUGAUGUCGCUCUUCUUAAGUGGAUAUUACAUGAUUGGAGUGAUGAAGAUUGCGUUAGGAUACUGCAACGUUGCAAGGAAGCGAUUCCUCCAAAAGACAAAGGUGGAAAAGUGAUAGUAAUCGAUAUGGUAGUUGGUGUAGGCAUCAAUACUCAAACUUCGUUGGAGACACAACUUUUAUUUGAUCUGGAAAUGAUGAUUCUUGUCACAGGAAAGGAAAGAGACGAGAAUGAAUGGCGCGAGCUAUUUGUAGCUGCUGGUUUUAGCGACUACAAGAUAAUAUCUUCGAUUGGUUUAAGAUCUAUUAUUGAAGUUUAUCCCUAGUUAAUUAGCAUUGGAUCCUAAAUAUUAUUAGUAUUGUGACUCUUGUUAGGAUUACCUGGAUGUUUUCUCUUUCUUAAUUUUAUUUCAUAAUAACUUUUAUGUAUGGUAGUAUGUUAGUGUUAC